AUGAAUUAAAGUCACAAAUUAGUUAAUUAAAACAUAAGAGCUACUCAUACUCUUUCUUCAGCUCAGUCUGCUCAAAAUGGAAUGCAGCAGCAGAGUACUGAUGAGUCUGUGGGUCCAGAAAAGCCUAGCCUCACAUUUAUCGCAUAUAUUACUCCCAUAAAGACAGUCAAAGUGCAUGGGCACUACCCAGUGCUUUUUGACAUGGGAAACAUUGAGCAAUCCCUGUUAAAACUAUGGAAAUUGUAAGAGAUGAAAGAGAGAUUUGAGGAGUCCGAACUGAGUAUAUGCCUGAAUCUGAUGGAAAAAGCCAUAGACUCAAAUAAUCUUUUUGGUCAAAGGCAGUAAAAACAGAGAUAACUUGCCAACAAUGAUGUGCUAGAUUUUUAGAAAGAGCUAAGUCCAUUUCAGAUUGAGAUGAUUAAAGGCUUGAGGUCUUUUUAGAAAUGCUUAGAUCUAAAUUAAAAGGUUAGGGAUCGUGUCUCGAGUAUCCUUUCUAAAUUCAUACAUAUCCAAUCUACAUCUUCAUUAGUAAGGACUCACAUUCCUCCUCAAAGUGAUCCCGAUUAGAGCAGCAACCAAAUAAGAGCGAGCAACAAAAAUAGAGUUGAGCUAAACUCUCCUAAUACUGCUAUUGUCAAUAGACAAAGCAACUAGAAUAUCUUUAAUGCAGAUAGAAUCCACGCCGUGUUUCCCUGCGCUUGCAGUCACCCUCUACUAAAUCGAAGUGUUGUAGCGAAGGCGCCUAUCAAAUUAGAGAAUGCAUAAAAUUGUGUAGACAAAAGCAUCAAAAGCACCACAACUAAUAACUAACCCUAGAUGAUAGAUUUGUGCAAUGAUGAAGAAGAGGAGGAUAAUCAACAUUAAAAUACUAUUCUUCCCUCUAAGUAGUUGGAUGUUUUCAAUGUUCUUAACAGCAGUCAUUCGAAGUAAAACUCUGAUAAGAACUGCGGAACUUAUAGUAGCAGCACAAAUACGAAUGACUUGCAGUCCUAGAAAACUCAGUUAGAGACUCCAGUUUAAAUGCAAAUGGCUGGUAGUUUGAAUCACUCUAAUUCCAAUUCAAACUAGCCAUUGAUUGGCACUCUAUCUAAUGCAAUAAAAUAGUCCAGAUUAAUCUAAAAAUAGGAACAAGUAUUUCGUCAAAGUACAUAAAUCUUAACUUAGCUGAAGAUAAAAAAUCUCCUGGGAAUGUAUAAUCAAUAGAUUAGUACUUUUUAAUCGCCAAAUAAGACUGAAAUAUAAGAAGAGACUGAUUGCUAUGAAAAUCUGAGAUUCAUAAAGGAGAAACUCGCUUUUAUAAAGAGGUUUAGCUGA